AUGAGCACCCAGAAGCGAUCUCUAAGUUCACAGGUGCCAGAGCUUCCCAUAAGGGCCCUGGGUGAGCUGCCCCUACAGGCGCUGCCCAUAGAGGAGCCCCUGGCUGAGGAUGCAGACCCUGAGGUGGCCCCCACCAUGCACACUCUCUAUGUGGGCCACCUGAACCCCCAGUUCUCCGUGCCAGUACUCACCUGCCUGCUGCGAGACACCUUGGAGCGGCUCGAAGUGCCUGUGGCGCGGGAGCACAUUGAGGUGGUGAGGCGGCCGCGGAAGGCCUAUGCAGUGGUGCAGGUGGCCACCCCAAAGGCCACCCUGGCCUCGCUCCCCUCGCGCCUGCAGGUAGCCUCAGAGGAACACCUGAUCCUCAAGGAGCUGGCGGCCCGGGGGAAGGUGCUGGUGGUGAGUGAGGGCCAGAAGCCCUCCCACCGCAGCAAGGAAGAAGACUGUGGCCUGAGCCGGGGCCCCAGCCUUGGCGCCAGCCCGGACCGUAGUGGGAGGUCGUUGGUCCCACCCGCAGAGACCCCGCCCAGCCUGGCCUGGGUCUCUCGGGGGCCACGCAUCCACCACCGCCAGCCCAGCGGCGCGCGCUCCGACAGCGCCAUCGUGCGCCAGGAGAUCCUGGGCCAGGAGCGGCUCUUCCAGGGAGCUUUCCUGGGCAGCGAGACGCGCAACGUGGAAUUCAAGCGCGGCGGCGGCGAGUACCUGAGCCUGGCGUUCAAGCACCACGUGCGGCGCUACGUGUGCGCCUUCCUCAACAGCGAGGGCGGCAACCUGUUCGUGGGCGUCGAGGACAGCGGCCUGGUGCAGGGCAUCCGCUGCAGCCACCACGACGAGGACCGAGUGCGCCUGCUGGUGGACUCCAUCCUGCAGGGCUUCAAGCCCCAGGUCUUCCCGGACGCCUAUGACCUCACUUUCAUCCCCGUGAUCAGCGCCUCCGCCCUCAGCGUCCCCCUCAAGGUGAUCCGCCUGCGCGUGCACGCGCCCAAGGCCCAGAGCGAGCCGCAGCUCUAUGAGACCGAUCAGGGGGAGGUGUUCCUGCGGCGCGACGGGAGCAUCCAGGGCCCGCUGUCCGGCAGCGCCAUCCAGGAGUGGUGCAGGCAGAAAUGGACUGCAGAACUGGGCAAGCUGGAGGAGAAGGUGAAGGUGUUGACGGUAGAGAAGGAGCAGCUCCAGCAGCAGCUGAAGCAGCACUGGCUGGCCUCCUGCACCUGCUGUGUCCUGUGAGGCAGGCGAGCCAGGGCGGGCGAGGCCUGUGCUCAGCACAGGAGAGGUGCAGCACUUCGUACCUGCACCUGAGUCCUGCCAACAGACACCACCAUCUGAGCUGACCAGGGAGGCAGGGCUGCUCAGAGGUAGCCGGGAGGGCUCUGCUUCCUCUCCUCCAGCAGCCCUGCACACGGGGGGGCCUGAACUAGCCCCAGGGGGCUUCAGUCUUGAGCAGACCCAGAUCUGGGUGGCUAAGAAAUUGCUCUUAGCAUGAUCCCCACAGAACCUUCACUUUCAGAAAGAACUUGGCUACCCUAGGACUAAGCUGUAUGGGACUGUCCCUCUCCUAAAACGCUGAUUUUGACCACGCUGGAAUCUGGGACUCCGGUUGGCUAGAAGAGACUAUCAAGGAAUCUGGCACCUUCUGCAGAAAGCAAGGUACAUUCAGUAACUGUGGUUACAGGGCAAACAAGCCACCCUGCAGCCCUCAUCCCUGGCUUGCUGGAACUUGUGACUGGCAACGCUC